AUGAAGUUUACCGUGCUGAGUCUUCUUCUCCUGCUGCUGCUGGCCCUGAGCGGCAGCUUGGCAGCGCCUGUGGAGCUGGAGGAGCCUGUGCCUCUAAGCCUGCUGGAUGUGGAUUUGGAUGUGGGGCAGCAGCCGGAGGCGGAGGCGGAGAGCGUUCGUGUGGCACGCGGCCUGGGCCUGGGCGGCUUUGGCGGCGGCGGCGGCCUGGGCGGCAAAUUUAGCGGUUUCGGCGGCCUGGGACUGGGCCAUGGCUUUGGCGGACACGGCUUUGGCGGCGGCUUUGGCGGACACGGCUUCGGCGGCGGCCUCGGCGGCUUCAAGGGACUCUUCAACAAGCAUUUCUAA